CCCUCACAUCACCGGAUAGAUCCAGUAACAGAAAUCCCCCAGAGAGAUGUCCCCGUCCUCUGUAUUCCCGGGACUCCACACAGGACCAUGAGAAGAUCACAGCGGAUUCUGUAGACCUUUGCCAGGAUAUCAAUUAUGAUUAUCAAGAUGAAAACCUGGUACUUGUUAAAGUUGAAGGUUUGGAAACAGAAGAGCCGUAUGUGAUGGGUGGUGAGCCGUGUGAGGAGGGGGAGGAACUUCCUCCAGAGAUCACUAUAGAUGGACGAUACAAAAGUUGCCAUACAGAGAGCCUACCCGUUAUCCUAGGAGAUGAUGCUAAUACCACAGCUAGCUCUUUGGGAGAAAACCCCAUUGCUCCAAAUCUCCAUCCACUUCUUCAUGGUACACACCUGCUGUCUGAUCCCUCCAUCAAUGGGGGGGGCUUCCCUGAUCACUCCCAGUUGGUCACCUAUCCUACAGAACACACACGUGAAAUGCUCUCAGAGUCUGGUCAGCAUUUUCUGGACACUGCUCAACUAAUGUCACACCACGGGGCCCACUCCCAGGAGAAGCCAUACUCCUGCUCUGAGUGCGGGAAAACAUUUGGUAAGAAAGCAAACCUGGCCAGACACCAGAGGAUGCACACGGAAGGGAAGUCAUACUCGUGCUCGGAGUGCGGGAAGUGUUUCUUGCGAAAGUCCAGCUUUGUGGAACAUGAGCGCAUGCACAAAGGGGAGAAAACCUAUUCGUGUUCUGAGUGCGGAAAGUGUUUCCAGUGGAGAUCAACAUUGUUUUACCAUCAGAGAAGACACAAAGAUGGACGAUGCAACAGAGGUAACAGAGGGAGACGGCGAGGUGGUAACCUCACAGCAGAUCCUCAGAGAGUUGUUCCCAUUUUACCUAAGCCCAAUCCUGUCCUUCCAUGUUUAUAUCUGUCAUCUGUUCCUGUUGCCCAUGUUGGCUCCUUCACAGCUAUGCCAGAUCCGACUACCUCAGUCCAUAUAGGGAACGAGCAACUCCUUAGCCCUGUGCGUGCCAAACCCCUCAAUAAGGGAUCAAACCCAAUGCCACCAAAGAGACCAUACCGCACUGAGGUAGCAAAUCCGGUGGCACCACAGAGGACGUACAAUAAUUUUACAGCCCAUAUAGGGGAUGAAACACUCGAGCAUGGCAAACUGCUGAGUGAAAGAUCAAACUGUGUGUCACCCCGCAGGAUGUACCCUGAUAAGGGGUCAAAUCUAGUGCCACGCCAGGGGACAUACAAAGUAGAAGGACACCGACCCCUCAGUGUGGAAGCAAAGAUGUUGCCACCUCAGGGGAUGGACCUUAGUGAGGGAGAAAAACUGGUGCCAGCCCAGAGGAUAUACAAAGUAGAGGGACACCGACCCCUCAGGGAAGAAGCAAAUCCAUUGCUACCUCAGAGGAUGUACUUCAGUGAGGGAGCUAACCCUGUGCCACCUGAUAGGAUGUACUUCAAUGAGGGAGAAAACCCAGUGCCACACCAGAGGACAUACAAAGCAGAGGGACACCAAUCCCUCAGUGAAGAUGCAAACCCAUUGCCAGCUCAGAAAACAUAUCCAAGUGAGGGAGCAAACCCGGUGUCACACCAGAGGAUGUACCAAGUAGAGGGACACCGACCCCUAAGAGAGGACACAAACCCAUUGCCAGCUCAGAGGACAUACAAAGUAGAGGAUCAGUGUCCAGUUUCUACAUUCGAUGAUGACAUUAACCCAAAACCUACUGCCUUGAGCCCGGACAAACUUCUCACCGUCAAGAAGGAGUUUUCAUGUGUGCAGUGUGGGAAAUCUUUCUUCGAGGAGUCCAGCCUCCUGAAGCACCAGAAGAACCACUCACAGUCGAAGCCGCACGCAUGCCUCCUGUGCAGGAAGGCGUUUUCCAAGAAGUCAAACCUGCUCAGACACCAGAGGUUGCACUCCAAGGAAAAACUUUUCUCCUGCACCGAAUGUGGGAAGUGUUUUCUGCGGAAAUCGGUCCUCGUCGAGCACCAGCGCAUGCACACCGGCGAGAAGAAGUAUCGGUGCUCCGAGUGCGGCAAGUGUUUCCAGUGGCGGUCAUCCCACUUUUAUCACAUUAGGAAGCAUCGGGGGGUGAUGCCAGUCUCGUGUCCCGAGUGUGGAAAAUGCUUUGCGCAGAAAUCGCAUCUCGCCCAACACCAGAAAAUGCACGCGGCAGAGAAGCAGUAUUUAAUUUAUAAUAGCUUUGGGACGGAAAGAUAACAGAUGGGCUUGCUCUAAAAGACAUGGAAAACAUCCAAUGGCAAGAGGUUUCCCGGUAGAUGUGGCGCGCCAUUAGCUCAGACAGAUACGGCCUUGUGUUUUUUUUUGCCAAUACCUACCUCUAGCGAUAGUAGCACUUCAUUGGCGUAAAAUGCGACUCUGACUGUAUCUAAGUGUAUUAAGAGAAGUUAUUCUUAAUAUGUCAGUGAGACAGUCUGAGCUAUAUUCUUGUAGCCGGGAGCAUGGCAACUAUUAGUAUGGUGCGUUGGGAAAAAAAAAAGGCGCAGGCCCAACUUUUAGUGCAUAAAGCUUGGCGUGUGCCAAGGGUUGUCCUGCCUUAAGGGUUGUAAUUGGUUUCUGGGAAUCCGCCUAUAGGGCUAUCAGGCAAACAUGCCAAGCUGCAGAGGAUGUCUUGGCAGUCAUGUUUCAAACAAAACCUGGUCACCAAUCUGCUAUGCAGCAUACAUGGGCUUUGCCAGAAAGUAGAUACUUAUUUAUUCUUUGACUAAUCCUGAUUGCAUCCUUUAAAUACAAAUUUAAAAUACA